AUGGCAGGUAAUGUGGGAAUGGACGGUAAAGGUGGCAGUGAAGUCGGUAUGGAUAUUUUUGGCAUCGUGGGAAGGGACGGAAUGGAUGGUAUAGUUGUCGGUAUUGGUAGUGUUGGUAUCAUGGGAAGGGAUGGUAUGGAUGGCGUUAAACUUUUGACUCGAAUAAUUUUGGGCGAAGAUGAUUCAGGCGCUAUGAAAUUCGACGCUUUGGGGCUGGUGGCUGGAGGAGGAGUGAGGAAAGGAAUGGAAGGAAUCUUAGGGAGAGACAUAGGGAUGCCCGACACCGGGGGCAAGGCAAUUGGCAUGGUUGGCACGCUUGGAAGUGGCGGGAGAGCAGUGGUGGGCAAUGUUGGCUGGGUGGUGGGCAGUGUUGGCAAUGUGGGCUUAGGAAGGGUCGCAGGGAAGGCGGGCAACGCCGGAAUGGACAGCAAUGGUGGCAGCGAAGUCGGUAUUGAUGUUGUUGGUAUUGUGGGAAGGGACAGUAUAGUUGUUGGUAUCGGUAGUGUUGGUAUUGUGGGAAGCGACGGUAUGGAUGGCAUGGUUAUUUGCAGUAGAUGGCUUGUUCCGAAACUCAUAUUGGCAGUUGAAGAACUAGGGUGA